AUGAGUUCGAUUGCCAGAGAGAUUCAACCUAUGAUUGAAAGCAAUCCAGACAUGCCAAUUCAUGCAAUCCAAAGUCCACUGCUUCGGAAGCAUCAACUUGAAAUAUCACUCCAUAAGGUCUUCAGAGCCAAGAGGAUAACAACUACGAAGAUUUAUGGUGAUUACCAAGAACAGUAUGCUUUGCUAAGGUCAUAUUGUGAUGAACUUCUAAAAGUCAACCCAGGUAGUACAAUUAAAAUUGAUGUGGAGCCAUGUGGGAACUCAGCUAGUCCUACAAGGCAGUUUCGAAGGGUUUAUUUUUGUUUCGCCUCUAUGAUGAGAGGAUUUAAGAUGAUUGGAAGACCAUUGUUGGGUGUGGAUGGUUGUUUCAUGAAAGGUCCAUAUCCUGGACAGAUCUUGAGUGCUGUUGGUAUUGAUGGAAAUAACAGCAUAUAUCCAGUUUGUUAUGCCCUUGUUGAGGCAGAAACAACACAAACCUGGAAAUGGUUUUUGCAACUGUUGAGAGAUGACCUAGGGUGUACGGCUGACUCUUGUUUCACCUUCAUCAGUGACAGACAAAAGGGUCUGAUUCCUGCUAUGCUAGCUGUUUUUCCUAAUGGUGAGCACAGAUUUUGUUUGAGGCACAUCCAUGAGAACAUGAAAUCCAAGUGGCAUGGAGAUCUUUACAAGAAUUUGCUUUGGUCAGCCGGAAGGAAGACAUCCAUUCCAUACUUUAACAAAGCUAUGGAAGAAAUUAAGACAACAGAACGAGCUAUGUAUGACUGGCUGAAUGAGAUCCCAUUCACCGCUUGGUCAAGAGCAUAUUUUUCUGGAAGAGCUAAAUGUGAUAUGUUGCUGAACAACAUUUGUGAGGUUUUUAACCGACAAAUCGUAGGAGCAAGGGACAAGUCGAUUAUCACAUGCCUAGAAUUCAUUCGGGAGUACAUGACCAAGAGGAUAGUUAAUGUCAACAAAUUGCAAGCAAAGUGUACGGGGCCACUGACGCCUCAUGCAACUGAGGUGUUCGAUGAGAUCAAGAAACAGGCUGCUGAAAUGUCUGUUCUCAUGGUUGAUUCAGACAAGUAUCAAGUAACAGGUCCGAGAUCACAGUGUGUUGUGAAUGUCAAACAUAAAACUUGUGCAUGCAGGAAGUGGGAUUUGACAGGGAUGCCUUGCAAACAUGCAGUUGCAGCCAUAUGGGAUAUGUCAAGGAAUAACAUUGAUGCUGGCAUACCAGAAGAGUGGGUGGAUGAUGUGUAUUGGCUGUCAACAUGGAAGAAAGUCUAUCAAAAUGUGAUAGAGCCAAUCAACGGGUCGGAGAUGUGGACUCCUUUAGAGUGUCCAACAACACUCAUCCCACCGAAGCAUCAUACACAAGUUGGAAGGCCUAAGAAGAAAAGAAAGAAGGCAUUUGGUGAAAAAGAGCUUGAGCAGGAGUUCGACAAAGGAGGUAAAAUGACCAGAAAGGGAAGUAGCAUCAAGUGUGGUAAAUGCGGGAACAUGGGUCACAAUGUCAGGAGCUGCAAAGGACAAGGUGGUGAACAAUCAACUGCUUCACAGGAAUCACACACUACAACUCAAGGUGCACCAGUUUACAAUCUUGAUGAGUGA